AUGAGCUAUCCGGACAAUUCUUCGAACUCGGCUGAGCCGGAUAAGAAAGAAGUGCUGGCGCUGUUACGGAUCCUGGACCUGAACUAUAACGUGCUAGUUGGACGAUCGAUCCGGGUCUUCACCCGACACUCGACGUUGGCGUGGCUGUUCCGAUCACCCGGUCUUCAAGGCCGAUUGGGUCAGUGGGCUGCACUCCUAUCGCCCUGGACACUGGAGGUCACGAAGUGCACCAAGGGAGAGGACGAGAUAUUGGGGGCGAUCGCCGCUAGUAUUACGCCUCGAUCGGAUAUGGACGACGCGUUGAUCGCGAUCACGCCGAAGAAAGAACCCCGGCGGAAGAUUCAGGCCCCGAUCCCGACUGUACGUGCGGACGAAGAGCUGCUGGUGAUAAGUUUCGAUGGAUCUGCCCGCGUCAAGCGAAGCGGGGGUGCGUACAGUGCGAUCUUGUGGAAGUUACCCGAAUGGAGUGUGGUGAAGGCACGAUCGGGCUAUGCUGAAAGGCUGACUGUUAACGAGGCGGAGUAUCAUGGUCUGUUGUUGGGUUUCGACCUCCUUGACGGCAUAGAUCGAGGCAGGUUAGUGGUCUGCGGUGAUUCCAACCUGGUGAUGCGACAAGUACGGGGCGAGAUCGACUGCAAAGCACCAAAGCUGACAUUGUUGAAGCAGGAGGUGCUGGAUCAACUACGGAAGUGGCCAGAUCACGAAAUGUUUCAUGUGAAACGAGACUGGAACGGAAGUGCGGACAGCCUGGCCAGUGCAACACUCCAACGUGAAGGGGGCGUCGACGUCGAGGAUGAUGCCGACCAUGGGAAUCUAGUGACACUGAACCGACUUGAUGAGAUCCUGGUCGUCCGAUCGGAUGAGUCGAUCGCCCGACUAUCGCCGAUGACCACCCGAUCGGGCACCAGAUCACGGCCGAACCCGACCGUCAUGCAGGAGGAGUUUGUGCGAGGGUUGCGGAUUGAUCGGAUUCGUCGAGCACAGGAUGAAGAAUCGUGGUCGCGGGAUGAGGUUCGAUCCUAUGGCAACAUCGCAGCGGACUAUGAGAUCGACGGUGAUAAUCUGCUGUUCCAUUGCCCACCCUCCAAGCGAUCGGAGGCAGAUCGGGAUGGACUGAUGAGACUGGUGGCACCGGAGACGCUGCAUCAAGACAUCUUGAAUCACUAUCACUCCACUCUGGAAGGUGGACACCAGGGGAUCGGCCGUACCUAUCAGCGGAUCCGCGAUCACUUUCAUUGGGGCGAGUCGCCGGGGAACAUCCAGGCGACAUACCCGUUCCAGAUCAUAGCGAUGGAUCACAUACCUUCGCUGCCGAAGUCGUACAAGGGUAAUACGGAACUGUUGACGAUCGCCGAGUCUUACGAAGAGUGCGUGUUCCGGCGAUUUGGUACUAGCGAGGUGAUCAGGCAUGAUCGCGAACCGGGAUUUAUGGCUGACUUCUUCCGCGCCUUUAACAAGAUCCUGGCCCUGAAGAUGUUCGUGGACGAUCUGGAUCAGAGAGAUUGGGAUGAGUACGCAGAGCGAUUGACCUUCGCGAUCAACACGGCUCAAGAUCGAGUCCGUGGGGACUCCCCUUUUUAUCUGGUGCAUGGUUGGGAUCCUCGAUCGACGCUCGAGGCGACGAUACCUUUCGGUAGUACUCGGACUCGGGGUCGGAAUCCUCGACGGCGGCGUUAUCGGAUCCAGAGGCACUACGAUCAGGCUCGAAGUCAAGUGAAUGCUCGCCUACGCGAGGCGAUCGCGGAUCGGGCCGAUCGACACAAUGAAGAAGUUCGACCACACUCGAUCGAGGCUGGAUCUCAGCUGGCGCACCUGUGGCACGGCCCGUUCUGUGUUGCGGAGAAGGUGAACGAGUACACGAUGAAGCUUCAGGUCGCUGUGGAUGGAGAUAUUUUCGCGCGGAUACCCAAGAUCAACAAGAUGGCCAAGAUCGACAGUGUGGACCAAGAUCGGCAAAGCCAAGAAGGUCAAGGGGGCAACAUCAAGGUGAACAACGUCUCUGGAGGUGCUUGA